AUGGACCUUACAAGUCAGGAAGGGCACAUGGAGCCUUCACAGGUUGAUUGGCCCAAAGAGGUUGUUCAACCAUUGAAUCUCUUUCACAAUAUGAAGCCAAGGGGGAGAAUCAAUAUCGAUGACAGCAUCCUUAUUUUGGGUGCAUAUCUGGAAAGCAGUGGCACCGAGCAUUCAUACGAUCCUUUGCACGCUCUUGUUGUUCUAACAGACUCUUUUGUCAUUGAACGAUGCUGCCAUGAUCGGGAUGCCAAACUUGAUCAUGCGGAUCCUCUUUGGGAUUACUCAUCGCCAGGGUUACCAAGAUCAACAGCAGAUGGUGGCAAAAAGUCCAUUGUUGUGGUGGAUGGCUCAGAUUAG